AUGUCAAUAAUCCGUCAUAAAGACGGUCAUCCAAAUAUAAAAUUUUUUGAAUCAGUUGAAACAUUAAAUCAAUUUGAUACAAUAAAAAAAGCUUUACAAAAGAAAGAAUUAAAGAAAAUCUUUGGUGAUGAUCAAAAUCAUUUAACAAAAGAAAAUAUCGCUCAACUUGUUAUACAAUUACUUCAUUUUCAAGAAGAACAUCUUGGAAAACAAUCAAAUGGUUCCGCACCUCUCACACGUAUACCCAUGGAAUGUUUUUUGGAUUUUCGAGAAUCAGGUGCACUAUAUACAAUUAUUCUUGGUUGUUAUGAAUAUAAAAAUAAUAAUAAUUGGAAAAAACUUGAUUUAUCAACACAUUCUCGAAAUGAUGUCAUAAAAUUAUUUCAAUCUAUUCAAAAAUUAUUAAUUGAUCGAAAUGUUUUAACAUUACCUAUAUGUUAUUUACGUCCAAAUAUUGAUAAACGUUUACAAACACAAUUAAAACAAAUAAUUGAAAAAAAUAAUGGAACUGUUGCAGAUAAAGAAGAAGAUGCUGAUCAUAUUGUUUACCCACCAAUCACAGAAAAUCCACGUGAAAUUGAUAGUGAACGUGAAAAUGAAAUUGUUCGUGUAGUAGAAAAACGUGGAAAAGAUUGUCGUUUACAUUACUGGUUUUUUCCUGAUUCAUUUGAUAUUUGGGUAUCGAAUGUUGAUGCUGAAGAAUCAGAAAAACGUGAUGAAACAUUUCAAGGUAUAUGGCAUGUUGCUGCUAAUUGGGUUUUAGAUACAGCUGAAUUUAAUGAAUGGAUGAAUGAAGAAGAUUAUGAAAUUGAUGAAGAUUUAGGAAGAGAUCAAGGAAGAAUUAAAUUAAAAAAUUGUACUACAGGAAGAAAAACAUUAUCAAUGCUUGUACCUGAUCGUAAAACAGCACCAAGUCCAACGACAGUAUCAAGUGGAACGACAAAUAAUUCUAAAAAACGUUCAACAACAAAUCCAGCAGCAACAAAACAACGAAAAAAACAAAAGCGAGGCGGAAUUGAUACAGAUGAAAAUGAUCUGUCUAAAGAUGGAGAAAAUUCUUUAUCACAAUCACUUUUCGAUGAUCAAACAUCAUCAAGAACACCAUUAAGUGGUCAAAAACUGAAUGAUUCACAAUUACCACGUAGUACAACAUUAAAUGAUUUAAAUGAUGAUGGAGAUGAUAUUGAUGAUCAACAAAUUCAAGGUGAUUCAAAUCAAAUAAAAAAAUUUAAUGAUCCAGAAGCAUGUGAACAAACACAUCAUAUUGUUAUUCCAAGUUAUUCAGCAUGGUUUGAUUAUAAUGCAAUAAAUUCUAUUGAAAAACGUGCAUUAAAUGAAUUUUUCAAUGCAAAAAAUCGUUCCAAAACACCUGAAAUUUAUAUGGCAUAUCGCAAUUUUAUGAUUGAUACAUAUCGUUUAAAUCCAAAUGAAUAUUUAACUGUAACAGCAUGUCGAAGAAAUUUAGCUGGAGAUGUUUGUGCGAUUAUGCGUAUACAUGCAUUUCUUGAACAAUGGGGUUUAAUUAAUUAUCAAGUUGAUGCUGAUUUACGUCCAACACCAAUGGGACCACCCUGUACAUCACAUUUUACUGUUCUAGGUGAUACUCCUUGUGGUUUAGCACCUGUUGGACAUCCUAAAGGCAUUCAACGUGAAAAUUCAGCACCCAAACAAAUAACGGAAUUAAAACAAGAAACAAAACGUGAAGAACGUGAUGUGGACAAUAGUUUAAGUUUAAGAACUGAUCAAUAUAAUAAAAAACUGACUUUAAAUCCAAAAACAAAAGUGAAAGAUUGGUCUGAUCAAGAAGUUCUUCUUUUACUUGAAGGUCUUGAAAUGUAUAAAGAUGAUUGGAAUAAAGUUUGUGAACAUGUUGGUACACGUACACAAGAUGAAUGUAUAUUAAAAUUUCUUCAAUUACCAAUUGAAGAUCCAUAUUUAGAAGGAAGUGGUGCAUCAUUAGGUCCACUUGCUUAUCAACCAAUACCAUUUAGUCAAAGUGGUAAUCCAGUUAUGUCAACAGUUGCAUUUCUUGCAUCAGUUGUUGAUCCACGUGUAUCAAAUGUUGCUGUUAAAGCAGCUUUAGAUGAAUUUACUAAAAUGCGUGAUGAAGUUUCACCAUCAUUUAUUGAAACAAAUCGUGAAAUUAUUGAAAGUGCAUUAAGAAAAGGAAAGAAACUUGAUGAAAAUUCAAGUUUAGAAUUACUUGGAUUAACUAGUAAUACAGAAGAAGACGAAAAUAAUACCGAUAAAACUAAAAAUGGUCCUGAUAAUGAAGAUUCAUCAAAAGUAAAACAAGAAAAAGUCGAUGUCAAUGACGAACAACCAUCAUUAACUGAAAAAUCCAUUAAUCAUGAAGAUGAAACAAAAAAAAUGGAUGUUGAUGAAAAUGAUAAAUCAACAAAUGAAAUGAAUACUCAAAGUGGUGGUGGUGGUGAUACACAAAUUAUUUCUGAUGAUACAUCAUCAACUAUACCUAAAACAACAAAUACUGAUCAAGAACAAAAAAAACUUUCAACAACUGAUGUUAAUGAACGAGAUUUAAAAACAGCUGCAGCAAGUGCCUUAGCAGCCGCAGCUGUUAAAGCUAAAUAUUUGGCUUCAAUUGAAGAACGUAAAAUAAAAUCAGCUGUUGCACAAGUUGUUGAAAUGCAAAUAAAAAAACUUGAAAUUAAAUUACGACAUUUUGAAGAAUUAGAAACAAUUAUGGAUCGUGAACGUGAAAUGCUUGAAAUUCAACGACAACAAUUAUUACAAGAACGACAACAAUUUCAAUUAGAACAAAUCAAAGCAUCUGAAUUAAAACAUCGUCAAACAACAACAUCAACAAUUGUAAAUAAUAAUAAUAAUACUAUACAAAAUCCUAUUGUUAAUACAAAUGGUAAACAACAAUCAAAUACUAGUCCAUCACCAUUACCACCACCAACAUCAACAACUACGACUACAACAACAACAACAGCAAAUAUUCCUUUAUCAUCAACAAAUGGAACUGAACCACAUGUACAAAGUGAAGAAUCAACUGAUUCUCAACCAAGUGAUGUUUCACCUGCUCCAAUGACAUCACCAAAAAUGAUAUCAACAUUAGGAAAUGAUAAUAAUACUCUUCCAGGCAGUACAGUAGAAGAAACAACUACAACAACAACAACUAGUUCAACAAUAGAAACAACAUCUGAUCUUGGUGUUACAAUUAAUAAUACAACAAUUACUACAACUGAAAAAAUGCUCAUUGUAAACACCGGUGAAAAUGGAUAUUUAUCCGAGGAGGGCGAACUAUCUGAUGGACAAGAAGAUGAUUCAAGAUCUUCUUCAUCAUUAUCAAUUAUACGAAGACAAAAUCGACAUUCAACAUCAACAUCUCGUUCAUUAUCAGCAGGAAAUUAUCCUAGUACAUCAAGACAUUAUGGAUCACAUGAUCAAUUAAAUAUUUCGAGUGCUUCAUCAUCUUAUUCAAAUAGUCAACUUAAUAUAGAUGAUGAUAAACGACGAUAUCAAUGUUCGACAUGUUCAAAAAAAUUUAAACAUAAACAUCAUUUAAAAGAACAUGAACGAUUACAUACAGGUGAAAAACCAUAUACAUGCGAUAAAUGUGGAAAACGUUUUAGCCAUUCAGGUUCGUAUUCUCAACAUAUUAAUCAACGUAAUAAAUAUUGUCGACCAGAUCAAAAUGAUGCAGAAUUUGAUUAG